AAUUCACAUCUGAUAAGGAUAAUAAUUGUUCUUACCAAGAAUCUUUUGCUCAACAAACUGACUCUUUCGAAAUAGAAUCUUGCAUUUCACAGACUCCAUUAAGUUCUCAAUGUAUACCAACUCAAUCUUCGGUAUCAACGGAACAAACUGACAAUGAUUUAAAUAAUAAAAAAAUGCUUCCAAAUCUGCCUUCUCAUUGUCAACCGCAAAUAUCUUAUGAAUCUUUGCAGACUUUUUCAUCUUUGGCAAGCAAUGAUACUGAAUGCACUUCUGCAUCAUCUGAUUUAAAUUCAGAUCUAUUACUCAAACUCCAAAAUAAAACCGAUACUAUUGCAAUUAUGUGCGAAGAACGUGACCGACUCCAAAAAACAAUGUCCCAAAUCAAAAGGAACUGGCAAUUACAACAAGAAAAAGCAAUUAGUUUGUCCAAAGAGAAUGAACAAAUCAAACAACAACUUCAGCAGAAAACUAAAGAAUAUGACAACAUUCGUUUUCAAUACUUGUUUUAUCAGCAAACUAUUCAACAAUUGCAAGAACUUUGUAAAUGUCAUAGUGAAAAGGACAUUCAACAUAGUUUAGAAUUAGAAGAAUCAAAGAGGAAAUAUGAAAUUAUUCGUCAAAAUGAUAGUAAAGUAAUUGAAGAAUUAGAAAGAUCGACUAAAAUUGUGAUCGCGGAAAAUCAAAAACUGAAGCAGGAACUUGAAAAUAUCAAAUCCUUUAACUCAAGUAUGGAUAAUAUGAAUAAGUCAUCCCAAAAUUUAAUGGUCUUGGACAAGCAAGACUUAUUAAUUGAAGAUUCAAGUUUGUCCAAUACCGAAAAGACGGGUUUAUCAUUCAAUAAGUUAAAACAAUCAUCCAUAGUAAAACCGUCCUUGGAGUAUGAAACUUUGUUAUCAGAAUAUAAACGUCAGGAGUCAGAUAUAAAAACUUUAAAUCUCCAAAAUAUGCUUCAACAGCAGAAUCUGAAAUUAAUGGAAGAAAAGUUGUUGCAAAAUGAUUCAACAUUACGGUUUUUUAUGGACCUUCAGCAAGUUAAUAAAUUGUGUUUUCAAUGUGGCCAAAAAGGUCAUCUGGCAAAAAAUUGUCCUAACAAACCAAUGACAAAUUCAGAAACAAAUUAUGGAACAAUCCAGGCAUCUAAUAAAAAUAUCAAACAA